UUUAUUUAUUAGUGUAUUUAUUUUAGCAACAGCAGCAAUAACAGUGGAACAAUCUAAUGAAGAGGAUUCACAUGCUUUGACACCAAUGCAAGCAAUUCGCUCAGGUUUGGCAUGGCUUAGAGGAACAGAAGAAAGCUGCUCAGAAAUCACUCCUGAUAUUCCUGACACAUCAGAAAAAUUUGAUAGCCAUCAAAAUGUUCAAGUUGAUCCAUCUACACCAGAAAGAACAAGGCCUACAUCUUUGCCACAGAGUCCAUUUGAAGAAACCCAUUGUGAAGAAAAAAUGAGUAAUUUUUACAUAUAUGGCUUAAUGUGGUCCUGUCUUUUGGCUCAAGUGUGGCUUCAUUUGUGGUUGUUUAAUUUAUUGCUUAUUCCAUGCAUGUAUAUGGGUCUCAAACAUGCAGCACUGAAGUUUGGAUUUUUUGGAUUCAUCAGAGAAAAAUCCAUGGAUCUCUUAGAAUCUGGGCAUAGAAUUUUUGAGCAAAGGAAAGAUGCACUUAUCCCUGCACCUUUACGUGGCUUAUGGAGGCUGUUAAUUCUUGGUGAUCAAAAGUUUUUAAUGCUUUUGGAAAGUUCAAUUGAUACUUUCACCAGUAUCAUGGCAAUACUUGCUGUCUUCUUGUUUGCUGUAAUUGGUACCAUAUUCCUAUCUGUUCAGAUUUAUGGUGAAAGUAUGCAUCUUGUUACUGUUACUAGUAGUUUAAUAAACAGAACUGUUCAUAAUACAGAUAUACAGCAACUUGUCCCAGAAAGUUUACGAGAUGUUCAAGGAACUCUUGAUUCUGUCUUAGAUGAUGCAUUUAUUUAUGGUCGAGGCUGGAUAUCUUCAUCUGUUCGUCGAAUUAUCGAUGAUAAAAAUGAUGAACGAGCUGCAGCAUUAGAAAAACAGAUUUUGGAAAUCUUUGACAGAGUUUAUGAACUUUGGCAUUCGAGGAAUAGUAACAGUUCCUCACCAGAUCUCCAACAUGUUGCUUCAUUUGACAGUUUAGUUGAUGGUUUAAAAACACUAAAUAUGGACUUAAUUGUGAACUUUGUGAAAGAAAAUAUUGGAACUUUACUUUCUGUUCUUGAAUCUGUUUGGACAAUAUUGAAAGGCAACAUAAGUUUGGCAUUUAGUGCAUUUACUGCUAUAAUUUCUCUCUUAUUUGGAGGUGGAACAGCUGUUUUGAAUUUUGUCCUUAAUUUUAUAGUUUUUUCUACUUCUUUAUUUUACCUUUUGUGUGCAAGCGGAGAUCAGUAUAAGCCUGUUGAAGUGUGCAGUGGUUUACUUCCAUCUACAGGUAGUGGUACUCAGUUUGGCAGGGCAGUUGAAGAAGCCAUCAAUGGUGUAUUUGCUGCAUCAUUCAAAAUGGCAGCAUUUUAUGGCUUGUACACAUGGCUUAUUCAUACCCUCUUUGCUGUCAAAAUAAUAUACAUACCUUCUGUACUUGCUGCUAUAUUUGGAGCAGUUCCAUUCCUUGGAGCUUAUUGGGCUUGUUUGCCAGCAGUGUUAGAAUUGUGGCUUGUUAAUGGGCAGAUCGGUAAAGCAGGUAUCAUGUUACUCGCACAACUGAUUCCAACAUCUUUUGUAGACAGUGCAAUAUACAGUGAAAUAAAAGGUGGAGGUCAUCCAUAUCUCACUGGCUUAGCCAUUGCUGGUGGUAUUUUUUGUCUGGGAUUUGAAGGUGCUCUUUUUGGACCAAUGUUACUAUGCGUUCUUUUUGUUGCCAUGCAUAUGUAUAGAGCUGUGAUUCAUCCAUCAUACAUGGAUGGCAGGAAACAAAGCAGAGCAUUCUCUCUAAAAAGGAUGUUUACAAUUGAAUGAAUAUUUGAACCAGAAUCACCCUUUUUUAUUUAAGAAGAUACCAGUGCUUUCAAGUUUUUACUUUAUAGAAUAUUUUCUUGUGUUUCUUUGUCAACAUAUGUGUUUAUUUAAGUUUAUAUAUAUAUUAUUUUUGUUGCAUUUGAUUAGUAUGAAUAACAAUUUUUGGUUUGAAUACAUUUUUCAAAUUUUAUUUUUAUUUUAUUUUUUUAUUUGAAUUGCAUUUGUAGUUAUGCCUGUGAAAUUAUUUUUUUAUUUAAGUAAAUGUAAUUUUCUUUAUGCUUUUUUCUGUGCAUGGCAUGUGCUAAUAAACAGUAGUCAUACUUACCAAAGGAAUACUAAAUUGUGAUGCUGAAUAUUUUAUAAUACUGUAUUAUUGCAUUAGCAUUUCAGUUUUAUGCGGGAACUUAUAAAUCAUAUCUUGAUGUAUGAAGUGUAAAGAUUGUCAAAUAUAUAAUUAAAUGUGCUGAUUAUUUUAAAAGUAGAUUUUUUUUUUUUUUUUUUUUUCCUUAAUAAGCAUUUGUAUCAUGUUUCAGAAAAAUUUCUUGCUGUAAAAUGCUACUUAUAUUUUUUAUUUUAAUUGUGAUAGUAAAUAAAUAGAUAAAUCCAAUAAAUUCAAAAGCUGGUAUAGCACUGAAAAAUAAUUUCUGUGAUAAAAAUUUAAAGAUGUAAUCUACAAUUCUUCAUUAAUCCAACAAUUAAUAUUUACCUUCUGGAAUCAUCUUUAGAAUUGCAUUUGUAAUUAUUAAUUAUUUGGUGUACAAUUUUUAAUAUGUAGUAACUUAUGUCUGUUUUAUUAGUGUACUGUAUAAUUCCAGGAAUAUGUGAGAUUUUUAUAAAUCAAAUCAUAUAAAGCUUAAUUUGCAUAAAUUCAUGCUGGAAAUAGCAAAAAUUUUGAAAUGCUGUGAACUAAUAGUAGUUAAUGGAUUAAUUAUUAUUCUUCUGAAAAUAGUUCUUCUUUCACUAGAAUAGAAAGAAGUUCAGUAAGUUAUACAAUGAGCUUUAAUUCUGUCAGUUAUCAGAGGUAAAUUUAGUGACAGCUGAUGUGUAGGCACUUGAACAUGAUUACACUCAUGUCAAAAUGUUUUAGGAAGUGCAAAGAAUUAAGAGUGUAACUUUUUGUGCUUUAAGAAAUGAACUUCACUUAUUUGUUUGAUAUUUAUUUCUGAUAAUAAAAUUAUUUGGAUAUUUAAUUCACAGAUAUAUUCAUAUUUUUGCUCUUAAAAAAUAAUUCUUUGAAUUAAAAAGUGUACUUUUGAUGCAUAUAUAAUUUCUAUCAUCAUCACAUUUUUUCUUCACAUUUCUAUUUUUUAAUACUAAAGCAGUAUAGCUAGAAUAUUGUUUCUAGUAAACAGUAAAUAGAUUCCUCUGUUUUCAUCGUGUGGCUAUGAUUGUAAAGAAUAGUUUUGUUAUAAGUUUUGGAAGGAAUAAUGAUGUAAAUUGUUAAGUCAAAAGUUGCAUUGUGACAAUGAAUAAUACUGCGUGAGAACCAUCUUCGCCUGAACACACUGGUGUGCAGCAAUUUUUGGUUGCACUGGAUAACUGACAAUCAGGUUUUUUUUACAUUAAAAACAAAAAUCAUUUGUUUUUUUCCACAUAUUGAUCUAUGUAUGAGAACAAUUAGAAUAAAAUAAACUUUCAACUUUC